UUGAGUACGUAAGUUGUGUGAUGAAGUGAGCUCCAGUUACACACUCAUGCGCGUGAUGUAUGAUCACAUGACAGUAUGACAGAUCAUGUGAUACUACUCAACAAAAUGGCGGCACCCACGAGACUGCUCGCUUUUGCAGUGUUUGUUGCAUCUUUUUGUGGUAUUCACUGCGUUUAUCACAGUGCUAGUGUUUACUGUCAGUAUGAAAAAUGCACCUACAAAAUGGAUGUGUUGGACGUUAAAGGUGCCACUGCAUAUGGCAUAUACAAUGACACACUGGAGUCCACAGGGUGGGGCAUACUGAACAUCAGUGCUGGCAGGGGAGGUAAUUCGGCAGAAAACGUUGACAUCAUGUAUGCAGCUGGGUACCUGGAAGCCAUCCUCACACAGAAGCGUAUUUACCAGCACUACCUGAACCUUAAUGAUUACUUCCAAGGCAAGUUUCAAAACGACACCAAGUGGAUUGACGCAGUGAAGAGUUUCUUUCUUGAGCAGGACCUUUACAUGAGGAGGAUGAUCAGGAACAACGCCCCCACCAAUCCUUACUGGAGACAUGUGGCUUACAUUGUGGCGCAGUACGAUGGCUUGAUAGCGGGGUAUGGGGCUGUAGCACCAGCCGAUAUGACAUUGGAUGUGUAUGCCUUUCAAAUGCUGAAUGGGAACGGAGACAUGUUGGACAUGCUCAGUGCUGUGAAACCAGAUAGCUUACCUGACUUCACCAAGAUGUCUAAAGAAGAGAUCACAUCCUACAUUGCACAGAAUGGUCGUUGCUCCGCUCUUGUCAAGGUGCUGGGGGCGUAUGAAGACGUGUUCAUGUCUCACUCCAGUUGGUUCAUCUAUCAGGCCACCAUGCGUAUCUACAAGCACUACAACUUCAAUGUGGACGACCCUGACACUGCCACUCAGAGAAUGUCCUUCUCCAGUUACCCUGGAUUCCUGGAGUCUCUGGAUGAUUUCUACCUGAUGAGCAGUGGGCUGGUGAUGCUGCAGACCACCAACAAUGUGUUCAACGCCUCGCUGUACAAGCUGGUCACCCCACAGGCACUACUCGCCUGGCACCGAGUCAGGCUUGCUAACAUGAUGGCACAUGGAGGCAAAGAAUGGGCCAAAAUCUUUGCAGAAAAUAACUCAGGGACCUACAACAACCAGUACAUGAUAGUGGACCUGAAGCAGAUAGAGUUACAGAAGGCCAUUCAUGAUGACGCUCUCUGGGUUGUGGAACAGAUCCCCGGGCUGGUGGAAUACGCUGACACCACACCCAUAUUGAGAACAGGUUAUUGGCCAUCAUACAAUGUUCCGUUCUUUGAGCGUAUUUACAAUCUGAGUGGUUACCCGGACUUUGCUGAGGAGCACGGUACAGAUUUCACAUACCAACUUGCUCCCAGAGCCAAAAUCUUCCGUCGAGACGCGGGCAAAGUGACAGAUUUCACCAGCAUGAAGAACAUCAUGAGAUACAAUGACUACACAGAGGACCCCUAUUCUGAAGAUGAUUCCUGCAACACCAUCUGCUGCCGUGGCGACCUGCGCGAGAGCUCACCGGGUCCAUUUGGUUGCUAUGACACCAAGGUAUCCAGCUACGCCAUGGCAACCAACCUGCAGGCUGACGUCAUCAACGGCCCCACCCUGGGGACCCGCCUGCAGCCCUUCCAGUGGACAGACGCUUACAAACAAUCCCAUGUGGGUCUCCCAGGAACAUAUGACUUCCCGUUCCUACGCACCCAACCACUUCCCUCACCAUAGUUACAUUGAUCGGAAGUUAGUGAUGUGUGUUGAUGUAUACAUAACACUUGAGUAGAAAUAAUAAGAUAAUAUAUUAAACUAUUUUAUUGACGUUUUCUUUGUGAACAGUUUUGAUGAACUACAAAACAAACAAAAAAUGAAGUAUGUUUUUAUUAAAUCAUAACGUUACAUGUCUUCUUACACGACAAUACCACAUGUUUUAAUACUUAUUUGAGUAUAGAAAAUCAAAUACAUUUCCACAAAAAAUAUUAUGAAUUAGCAUGGAAUGCUAAAGAGGAAGAGUAUAAAGGUUGUACGUGAGUUGUAGUCCAGUUUUUAGGACUGUAAGAAUUAAAUUAAUGUUAUCAAUAUAAUAUGUCAUAUACUACUGGUAUUUACAUUAAGAUGCCAUGUAUCUAUGGUGAUAAAUUUAUUUUUUCUGGUUGUAAAAAUAGUAAUACUGUAUAACAUCUGUAAUAUCUUUGCAUAACACAUGCUUAACGUGAUUCUAUGAUAAACUAUGAUUUAGUUGAAAUAUAAGAAGUUCCAGAUAUAUUUUUGAAAUAUAUUUAUCGGAGUUAUACUUUUUUACAUUUUUGCCCCUUUUUCUGUAUGUUAAGGUUGAUAUCAUAUCUGUGAUAUAUUUCUUAAUGAAACAUUUAUUCACAUGCCUUAAACAUGUAACCAUGGAAAAUGAUUGCCUUGAACAGAGCCAUUCUUUGAAGAAGUGUAUCAUGUUCACCUGUUAGUGUUAUUAAAUCAUAUGCGUGCAAUAUUUGGUGUUUGGCUUGGUAUAAUUUUUAUCGCCAUAUGACACACGUUUUGCAAAAAUAUGUCUUAUGGCAUACGACUUAUUUUAGACCAGCCUAGGCAUCCGCACUGUCUGUUCAGGAUCUAUCCUGCCAUCUAGUCCCCCAAGCGGACAGCUUAGAUCCUGAACAGACUAGUAUGUGGCUUAGUUGGCCGCAUAUCGCGUAAGACCCAUUUUUGCAUGACGCGGAUCAUACGUUUAGUGACGCCCUAUAUCUGUAUUCUUUGUAGAUUGAAGAUUAAUUGUGUGGUUUUGAAAAUGACGUCCAUUAUAAUUGAGACGUGCUUUGGGAAAACCCGGGUUAAAUGCAUGUACGUUACAGAUUAAUCAGGGCCGACACUUCCCGCUUCAACUGGAUAUUCUUUAAUAAUAGACUUCCUUUCGAAAAAAAUCAAUGAAAGCGGAAAGUGUCUCCCUGAUUAGCCUUCAACCCUUUGCAUGCUGGGAAAUUUUUCGUCUGCUAAAAUGUCGUCUGCUGAAUUUCUAAAAUAAGCAUUUUGUUAGAUUUUUUUAGCUCACCUGAGCACAACGUGCUCAUGGUGAGCUAUUGUGAUCGCCUUUUGUCCGUCGUGCGUUGUGCGUCGUGCGUCGUCAACAUUUACCUUGUUAACACUCUAGAGGCCACAUUUAUUGUCCAAUCUUCAUGAAACUUACUCAGGACAUGUGUCCCAAUAAUAUCUUGGACGAGUUCGAAAAUGGUUCCGGUUGAUUGAAAAACAUGGCCGCCAAGGGGCAUGGCAGUUUUAUAUAUAGCAAACCUUGUUAACACUCUAGAAGUCACAUUUAUUUCCGAUCUUCAUGAAACUUUGUCAGAACAUGUGUCCCAAUAAUAUCUUGGACGAGUUCCAAAAUGGUUCCGGUUGGUUGAAAAACAUGGCCGCCAGGGGGCGUGGCAGUUUUCCUAAUAUGGCUAUAGUAAAACCUUGUUAACACUCUAGAAGUCACAUUUUUAGUCCAAUCUUCAUGAAACUUUGUCAGAACAUAUGUGCCAAUAAUAUCUUGGACGAGUUCGAAAAUAAUUCCGGUUGGUUGAAAAACAUGGCCGCCAGGGGGCGUGGCAGUUUUCCAUAUAUGGCUAUAGUAAAACCUUGUUAACACUCUAGAAGUCACAUUUUUAGUCCAAUCUUCAUGAAACUUGGUCAAAACAUGUGUCCUAAUAAUAUCUUGGGCGAGUUCGAAAAUGGUUCCAGUUGUAUGAAAAACAUGGCCGCCAUGGGGCGGGGCAGUUUUCCUUAUAUGGCUUUACUGUAUGGUAAAACCUUAUUAACACUCUAGAAGUCACAUUUGUGGUCCAAUGCUCAUGAAACUUGGUCAGAAUAUUUGAACUAAUAAUAUCUGGGCUAAGCUCAAAAAUGGUUGAGAUCAGUAAAAAAACAUGGCCGCAAGGGGGCGUGGCAUUUUUCCUUAAAUGGCUAUUUACUACAAAACCUUGUUAAUACUCUAGAAGUCACAUUUAUUAUCCAAUCUUUAUGAAACUUGAUCUGAAUAUUUGUUCUAACAAUAGCUUGAGUGAGUUUGAAAAUGGUAAUGGUUUGUUGAAAAACAUGGCCGCCAGGGGGGGGGGGCAGUUGUCCUUAUAUGGCUUUAGUGAAAACUUGUUGACACUAUAUUAGCCACAUUUAUUGGCCAAUCUCAUGAAACUUGGUCAGAACAUUUAUCCCAAUGAAAGUUUGCCAGAGAUUGAAGCUGGGUCAUAUGAGCUCAAAAACUAGGUCACAAGGUCAAAUAUAAAAAAAACAUGUUAAAAGUCACUUUUUUGGUCCACGUUCUGUGGCGUCUCAUCUGGAUCCAAACUGUUUGCACAGGACUUCAAAAUUCGGUUCCCGCACUGAAAGAGUUAUUCUUGCCAUUAGCUUAACAAUGUGGACAAACAUUCCGAACAUAGCUUAACAAUGUGGACAAACAUUCCGAACAUAGCUUAACAAUGUGGACAAACAUUCCGAACAUAGCUUAACAAUGUGGACAAACAUUCCGAACAUAGCUUAACAAUGUGGACAAACAUUCCGAACAUAGCUUAACAAUGUGGACAAACAUUCCGAACAAGUAUGUUCCCUUACAUUCAAAUCAUAUGCUCAUGAUCUGAUAUAUUCUGUAUAACAUUGAGAUUAUGUAUUCUUAUAUUCUAUUUGCAUUUUUUUUCAAAUAAACAUUAAUGACAUGACAA